GCGCGCGCUGGGGGUGUUUCUUGCUCCUCCCGAGUUACGGCCGCGGUCGCGGCAGCUCCUCCUCUCCCAGGCUUGGGUUUCCCCGGCGCCGCCACCGCCGCUAGCCCUGCGGGUUGCAUGAGGAGGAGGAGAAGGAGGAGGAGGAGGAGGAUGUGAAGAUGGCGGAGCUGCAGAUGCUGCUGGAAGAGGAAAUCCCGGGGGGCCGCCGGGCCCUCUUCGACAGCUAUACGAAUCUGGAGCGGGUGGCCGACUACUGCGAGAACAACUACAUCCAGUCAUCAGAUAAGCAGCGAGCCCUUGAAGAAACCAAAGCCUAUACCACCCAAUCCUUAGCAAGCGUUGCCUAUUUGAUAAACACCUUGGCCAACAAUGUCCUACAGAUGCUGGAUAUCCAGGCAUCCCAGUUACGAAGGAUGGAAUCUUCAAUCAAUCACAUUUCACAAACAGUGGAUAUUCAUAAAGAGAAAGUUGCAAGAAGAGAAAUUGGUAUAUUGACUACCAAUAAAAACACUUCAAGGACACAUAAGAUUAUUGCUCCAGCUAAUCUUGAACGACCAGUUCGUUAUAUUAGAAAACCUAUUGACUAUACAAUUCUAGAUGAUAUUGGGCAUGGAGUAAAGGUGAGUACCCAGAAUAUGAAGAUGGGUGGGCUGCCACGUACAACACCUCCAACUCAGAAACCCCCCAGCCCCCCAAUGUCAGGGAAAGGGACACUUGGGCGGCACUCCCCCUAUCGCACACUGGAGCCAGUGCGUCCUCCAGUGGUACCAAAUGAUUACGUACCUAGCCCAACCCGUAAUAUGGCUCCCUCGCAGCAGAGCCCUGUGAGGACAGCUUCUGUGAAUCAAAGAAAUCGCACUUACAGUAGCAGUGGGAGUAGUGGAGGAAGCCACCCCAGUAGUCGGAGCAGCAGUCGGGAGAACAGUGGAAGUGGGAGUGUGGGGGUUCCUAUCGCUGUACCUACUCCGUCUCCUCCCAGUGUCUUCCCAGCCCCUGCUGGCUCUGCCGGCACUCCUCCCCUUCCUGCUACUUCUGCAUCUGCCCCUACCCCUCUUGUUCCUGCUACUGUCCCCUCCUCUGCUGCCCCAGAAGCUGCUGCUGGGGGGGCCCAGACCCUUGCUGAUGGCUUCACUUCUCCAACUCCCCCUGUUAUUUCUUCCAAUCCCCCUACAGGUCAUCCUGUUCAGUUCUACAGCAUGAAUAGGCCUGCCUCUCGUCAUACUCCCCCAACAAUAGGAGGUUCGCUGCCCUAUAGACGCCCUCCUUCCAUAACUUCACAAACAAGCCUUCAGAAUCAGAUGAAUGGAGGACCUUUUUAUAGCCAGAAUCCAGUAUCUCUUGCUCCUCCUCCUCCCUCCAUCCUUCAGGUAACUCCUCAGUUACCUUUAAUGGGAUUUGUGGCCAGAGUCCAAGAAAAUAUUUCAGAUACACCACCUCCACCACCACCUGUGGAAGAGCCAGUCUUUGACGAAUCUCCCCCUCCUCCUCCCCCUCCAGAAGAUUACGAGGAGGAGGAGGCAGCCGUGGUUGAGUACAGCGAUCCUUAUGCUGAAGAGGACCCCCCAUGGGCUCCGAGGUCUUACUUGGAAAAAGUCGUGGCAAUAUAUGAUUACACAAAAGACAAGGAAGAUGAGCUGUCCUUUCAGGAAGGAGCCAUCAUUUACGUCAUCAAGAAGAAUGACGAUGGUUGGUAUGAAGGCGUUAUGAAUGGAGUGACUGGGCUCUUUCCUGGGAAUUAUGUUGAGUCCAUCAUGCAUUAUUCCGAGUAAAUUUCAGCAGGGCUGUGCUUCCUCCCAGGAAUAGUCAGGUCUUCCCAGAUUACCCAGAGGCCCUGGGCAUUUCCUCCAGUGAAAUAGAAUGAAGGGUACAAAUGAUAAAAAAACUUUUUUUUUUAAUCCCCAGUAUUAAAAACAAAAAGGCAAGCCAAAUCUGAACAAAUGCAUCUUUCUGCCAUCAUUUGUACUAUGCUGAGCUGUCUGGAUUGAAAUAAAGUGACCAUUUCUGAGUA